AUGAGCCAGCAAGGCUCGCCACGCAAGUCCAAUCCUGGACGUUCAACCACCGAGUCUGACAGAAUGCCUUUCGCUGCCGCCGAGGCCCUGCUCUGGGGCAAAGAGAUCAAGCGAAAUCUCGAGUUCAUUGUUCCUCAGAUGAAAGAGCUCCAGCGCCAACACGAAGCAUAUGACGCCCGCAUACAAGCCGCCGAGAUCACGGCGGAAGCUGCGGAGGCUGCCACGGCCCGUGUGCAGCGAAUAGAACAGAAGCUCGUGGCUAUGGAAGAAGACGACACUGACCGACCGUUUGAUAAGUGGGUUGGCGAAGAGAUCACGCAGCUCAAGAUGUUCGCAGACAGGAACAAGGAUGUCCGAACGAAGUUGACCGAACUGGAAAACCGGUUCUUGAAUGCUACAGACAGCCUUGACACAGCUCGAGAUAUGUCCAAGGAUCUUCGCAGCGUCUUUCGGCAUCUGGACGACCUCGAGAUUGACAGGAGAGGACAAAGCAAUCGGAUCAAGGCGAUGGAGAAGGAAAUCCUGGAUUUGAGGAUGUUGUGCCACGGCUACGCAGCCAGGGAUAAGGAGUUGCAGAGGGUUGUUGGCCGUCCGGAUACUUUGAGUAAGACCAUCGUGUGGCCAAGGGAGGUUCAACUACAUGACAAUCGCUCCCGGCGCUCCAGUAGAGCUUCACCACGAUCAAAGAAAGCAGCUUCUCAGAAGCGCCGCAUGACCGCGGAGUCGGAGACAGAAGACGAGGACCUCAAUUCUCCAGGUAGAGGGCGUAUCCAAGUACCACGAAGCUCGAGCAUCACUUCAAAUUCGGACGCAGUGCUGGUAUCAUCAUCGCCUUCUAAAGACCUUCGAUAUACGAUGCCCGUAUACCUCGAGCAGGCGAACAGGAACAAGUCGGAGCGCGCCCACUUCAGCCGAAACCACGCUCUCAUGUCAACAAACUUCUUCCCGAAACACAACUAG